GAUAAAUAAACAGACAGAUAGACAGACAGACAGAUGUGUGUAAAACAGUAUAACAGUAGGUUCCUCCUCUCAGAUGGUGCACUCACACGUCAGUCCCCGCGUCCUCACCCACGGCCUGCAGCACGUCUCCCACUUCCCCUGUGAGGAGGAAGUGACUCUCAUGUCAUGUGGUGUAGGGGAAGACGGCUUCCUGAGUCUCCACCGCAGUGGGCGUGUCAGGUUCUACACCGCAGACGGGUACCUGAGGGAACCUCCUGCCCGCUCCACCGUGCCCUACGAGGGCGUGGCCUUCACACAGAUCCCGGGCAGGCUGGUGGGGUGGGGACCCGGUGAGAAGCUCACGCUGCUGGACACGAAGUUCACCCCAGUCGUUCACGCCCAGGAGACGCUCGACAUCAGAGUGUGUCAGAUGUUAGAAGGCUCUCGGGAGCUGGUCACCGCUGGGGCCGGGAAUGUGUGUGUGUGGAGUGUGGGUCACAUGGUCAUGGUGUGUCACGUGCAGGUGGUGGACGGGUUCGAGAGGGAGUGUGUGUUCACACAGCUGGCUCUGGUUCCUGCUACAGCUCAGAAAGCUCCUCGAGCUCUCGCUGUGUGUGGGAGAUCAGUGACUGUCGUGGAUCUGAGAGAGGGAUGCGUGCUAGAACACAAAACCAACCUCCAUCGACGCGAGAUCACGGCGUUGGUGUACUGCCCCCUGCAGGACGUCGUGGUCACUGCAUCCAAAGAUGUGACCAUGAGGGUCUGGGGGUCGGACUGGGAGUUGCUCACGGCUUUCGUUGGUCACACAGCUGUGGUCACGUCCCUGCUGUUGUGUCCCAUCUCUGGUCUGCUGCUCUCCGCCUCCCUGGACUCAACGCUCCGCUACUGGAGUCUACAGACAGGUGAUCAGGUGAGGAUCCUGACUCCGCCUAUUGGUUACGCCCCAGCCAUUUUAGUAGGCGGUCCCAGCUCCAUGUCCACCUUCUUCACCUUCUCAAAAUCCGGCGUUGACUUCUGGACCUUCAACAGCCUCUAUGACCUCCACUGCAAGCUCAGUGGAGACUCAGCCAUCAGCCGUGUCCGGGAAAUACGAGCCCCGUCCUCUGGCCCGCACUACCCUGCUCGUGUUGUGUGUGUCCAUGGUGACAGUGACAUCACGCUCAUGGCUGCAGGGACGGGGGCAGUGCUAACGGCGUUCCGGACCAGAGAGAGAGUCAGGUGUGCUGAUUACUGCCUCUACAAAGAGGUGCUGAUGGUACUGACUGAUGAAGGGUCGGUGAUCAAAGCCAGCACACUGACCAAUCCGGUGACUCGGGUGGAUACGUGGACCAAUAGGGAAAGUGGGCAGGGUGAAGCAUGCUGCAUGGCGCUGUAUAGUCACAUCGCUGAUGAAGAAACAGCACUGGAGGAGUGGAAGGAACUGCAGGAGGAGAGAGGAGAGAAACCAAGGGUCAGAAAACAGCUGGAGGAGGGCAAGAACAGGUUUCUGGUCAUACUUGGUCAUCACAGUGGGUGUGUCAGUGUGAUGCAAAUGCAUUCCGGGCGUGUCCAAUAUAAACUCACCGCCCACAAUGGACAAGACAUCACAAGCAUACAGGCUUACCCAGAGAGUGACUACGUCCUUACUGCCGGUGCAGAUAACUCGGUGCUGCUGUGGAGAGUGUUUCCGUACACACAGGACUGUCUGAGUGUGCAGACGAGUGUGUUUUGCGCUCAGACACCGGUGUGUAUGUCGCUGCUUGACUCCCUGCUGGCUGUCGGCCUUCAACAUCAACACAGCGCCACCUACAGCCUGGUGCAGCUCGACCUGCACACACACACUCCAACACACACACGCUGUGACCAUCCGCCUGAGCACGAUCACAGCGGUGCAAUCACAGGAUUGUGUGUGUGUCCGAACCUGCAUGUGUUUGCCUCGUGCAGUCAGGACGGCACACUGCGCCUCUGGGACGAGGAGAACCGCCUGCUCAGGACUCUGGAGCUGAACGCUGAGCCAGAGUGUGUGCAGUUCAGUGGACAGGGAGGAGAGCUGCUGCUGGGAAUCAGAGGAGAUGUUUACAGAAUCCACUGCACACACCUACUGCCUCCUGAGUUCCAGACACUGCUGCUGUGUAAUGAGGAUCUGUAUGAUCCGGUUCCUGAUUUGCCCAUCGCUUGCACCAUUAGCAAGUCCUGUAAACAGCGGGGUGAGAGCUCCCACAUCACUGAAGCAGAAUUUCCAGAGAAACAGGACCAGACCAAAGACCCAAUGUUGGAGUGUCUGCUGGAGCGAAAUCGAGACCUGAGUUCACUUCAGAGUGGAGACACACACAGCAGGAGGAAGCUGAAGAGCACUCCACACACCAGGAGAGAGGCUUUUAACCGUUAUAUACAGCUCCUGUACAACCCAGCACUGCAGAUUAGUAUCCCAGAUGAAGAUCCAUUCGACCUGCACGCUGCUCUCUCUCCCCCGAAACCGCCCCAACUGCGACCUCUGACCCCUCCAACACUGCGAGAGGGAUUCUUUCCAAAUUGGAGCCUGGCCAGGAAACCUGAUGCUACACACACGCAGGAAGGCGUCCCGUCUCGCCCCCCUACAGCCUCGCUCGGCUUCGUCCCAAACUCGGUGCUGGUCGGACAGAUCUGGCCUGACGAGGUGCUGCAGAACGCUGUUCCCUCGACGCCGUGGACGCUCCGAGACGAACACACACACCGCUUUGAGAAGAGGAAAGAAGAUACAAAAGAUCAGUGUUUGUAUCAGGAGGACGAUGACGAGUUCAGUAUGAACUCAAUCAUACACCUCAUAGGAACAUCACCCGAAACGAAAAGCCCGACUCCGCCCCCUCGUGUGACUCCGCCCCCAGAGGAACCCUCACCAGAAAAACCAAAAUACACACUGAAGCCGCUUAAGCCCCACCCUCCUAUUAAAAUCAACAAGCCCCUAACUCCACCCAAGCCAGCCCCGCCCACUGCAGUACACACACCUACACCACCACUGCCCCACUUCCUGAAGCAGUUCCUGCAGGAGGGGUGGUUUCACUGCAUGUACCCUGACCCUGGGUGUAUCCCCGAGUCCCUGACCCUGACUGAGUUCUGUGCUCAGCUGCUGGACUUCCUGAAGCGCUGUGUUAUGGAUCAGAAGCUGUGUGUCCUCAAAGCCAUCAUCACACUGCACACACACAACUCUCUCAACAACACACACACCAUCACACACAGCCUGCUGGACUCACUGCGCACCUGCCUGCACAAAGACAUGUCAGAUAUGGAGCAGCGCUUUGCAGUGGAGUUGCUGAAUUUCUUGGUGUGUGUGAAUCCUCACAGCUACGACAUCACAGUGGAGAUACUCCUCCUGCUAGCAGAUAAAGAGCUGAGAUUACAAGGCGUAGCAGUGUGUAUGCUGCAGGCUCUGGGCGUGGACGAGGCUCAGCAGUGGCUCCGUCCUCAGCUGGAGUCCUGGGACCUCGAGGCACACGAACACGCAGAGCCUCGGAGAUGUCUCAGAGAGCUGGCGCACCACUGGCUCAACAGCUGGACAGCAAAAUACAAAAUACAUAAGAGUGCUGGGAAAAAGAGUGCGCUCUUCUCUCUGGUGAUCUCACCCUCAGACGUUCUGCGUUAUUUCUGCUGGGUGCAAAAAGAGGCGCAGGUUAAACCAGCAGCAGAAGCAAGGGGCAGGAGAGACACCGUCCUGCUGGGGACACAGCCAUACAGGGAAAUAUAAGAGCCUCCAAAUCACUUGAGAGCAUCAGUGUAAAUCAACAUCGACUCUCUACACCAUGUCACUGUCAAUCUUUACUAGCGUCCUAUAUUAAACAAACAAACAAACAAACAAAUAAAUAAAUAUGAAAAAAAAAAGUUUUUAAAUAAUGUUUUUGUGCCACACUCCACACUAGUUUGUUUGUUUGUUUGUUUGUUUGUUUGUUUGUUUGUUUUUCCGGAGGAAGAUCAUUUUUUUUUACCUCCUUCAAUCA